GGAGACCAAGCGCGCAAAGCAAGCUGGGUGAGGUCGUUUGGCGUCCUUUUUUUUUCCAAAUCCGAAGCGAAGGUCGAGCAGAAAUACAGUAUUUUCUAUAAAGAUCUUGAUAUAAAGAUGUCUAGAGAACGCGACAGUAUGUUCAGAGGCAACAACAAUGAUUGCAGAAUCUAUGUUGGAAACCUCCCCGAAGACUGUAGAGAAAGAGAUGUGGACGAUAUAUUUUAUAAAUAUGGCAGAAUUGCUGAUAUACGAAUCAAACGUGGCGACGCUUCUCGUGCGAGAUCUAGUCGACGAGGAGAGAAUCUUUCCUACGCUUUUGUACAGUUUGAAGACUCGAGGUAACUUCAAAAUAUGCUUUAGGUUAUUGCAAUGCUUCUGGGUACGUUAAAAUACGCCAGUUUUCGCAAGAAAAUUCGAUAAAAUUGGGGUUUUUCGUUUCUUAUACUAAAUUGCCACGCGGUGUUAGUGACGUAACUGUUGAAUAUUUGAUGAGCAUGACAGGAAAAAAUUAUUUCAAUGUAAAAACUGAACUCUUUAAUACCAUUUCUAGUUAUUAUAGAUUUCCCACAUGGUAAAAAUCAUGUCAUUAAUGGUACUUUAUUUUUUUCCUCUGCACAGGAAAAUACCAUUAAUAAGAGUAUAAAAAGUUCAGUUUUUACAUUGAUAAUAUACAUGGUAAAUCUUUAAAAACCUAUCAAUGGAAGUUUUUCCUGUGUGUACUGUUAAGUUGUGCACAUGGACAGUUAUGUGCAACCAAUUUUUACAACUUGUAGAGAUGCAGAAGAUGCUGUGAGAGGUCGUGAUGGUUAUGAGUUUGAUGGUCGACGCGUCAGAGUAGAGUUCACACGAGGCAGUCAAAACAACCGCCGUGAUGGUGGUCGUAGUCGUGGUAACAGCGGAGGUUAUGGUGGUGGUAGAUCUGGGAGAGGCGUCCCCCCACGACGUUCAAACAACAGAGUGUUAGUGAAAGGGCUACCGUCCACUGGUAGUUGGCAAGAUAUCAAAGACCACAUGCGGGAAGCGGGUGAAGUACUCUAUGCUGAAGUCUAUGGUGAUGGUUCUGGCAUUGUGGAGUUUGCUCACUCUGAUGAUGUCAAAUACGCCAUUAAGAAUUUAGAUGAUACUGAAUUCCGUUCACACGAGGUAUGUAUGGAAUGUGUUUGCCCUUGUUAUUCAAAACUAUGUAUAGUUAUAUAUUUUGUCCUAAUUAGUUUUUUACUUAACCAUAUUUAAAUUUUUACCAUUUCAGUAUAUAAAUUGCAUCAACACACUAAUUAAUCAUAUCAGCAAAUUUGAUCUUCAUUCUCAACACUGAGGAUUCAAUAUCAAUGAGGAAAUAUUUCCAUGUCAAUGAGGAAUCAUUUCAGGAUUCAAAUCCCCAUCUCAGUGAGGAAUUAUUUCCAAUGUGCCAUGGUCAAUAUCAAUGAUUUUCAAUAUCACGGAUCAUUUCAAAAGUCAGGACUCAAUUCUCGUCCAUGAGGAAUCAUUCUCAGGAUUCAUUUCAAUCUUGUCUUGGUCAUUGAGAGGAUUCAUGACACAUUCUGGUCAUCAGGUUUUUAACCAAAAUAUUCCUGAGUGAUCAAUUUCCUUGAAAAGUAGCCCGAGGUAUUACCUCAGUGUAAAUUCAUUGAUGUCAAGUUCAAACAAUCUAGCUUUAUGGUGCUGGUAUGUAGUAAAACCCAACAUAAAUCUUAUGUAGAUGGUUUAUCUAGGAACUAAAACCUCGUAUUUUCAGCCCACUUGUUGGUAUAAAGUGAUAUGGUGUUUAUCAAAAACUGGAAUUUGCAAAAAACAAAGAUGCUUUGAAAUACAUGUUGUAUUUGAGGAAAGAUUUUCAAAUCCAUGAACUAAAUGGUUUUCAUAUUGCUUGCCAUCCCUAUAUUUAUGUGAACUUGUGAAUGCAUAGGCAUUAAAAUAUGUUGAUUUAUUUAGGGUGAAACCAGCAAAGUGACUGUGACAGAUGACUCUGGGAGUGGUGGAGGAGGCAGGAAGCGAAGUUACUCUCGAUCACGUAGUCGUUCACGAAGCAGAUCUGGUAAACGAUCUCGAAGUCGUUCUAAAGACAGACGUUCACGAAGCAGGUCUAAAAGCAAGUCACAUGACCACUCAAGAAGUCGUUCCAAGUCACCAGCUAAAAGUCAUUCAAGAUCACGAUCAGCAUCGCCAAGAGAUUAAACAACGUCACAUCUCAAUUACAAACUGCAUGUGUAGCAGACAAUAUACACUCAGCUUUAAUAGUUUGAACUUUUUCUAUUGUACAGAUAAUUAAGCAUAUAUAUUAAGUUCCAUCAAAGUUUUGAUGUCUAGGUGUAUUACAUGUAAAGGAAUUCUUCGUGUUUUUGGUAAUACUUCUACAUCAGAAGACAGAAAAAUAAUUUUAUUAUCUUUUCUGGGGGAUUUCAUGCUAGCUUGUCUCUUGCAAAGUCUAAUAUGUACAGAAAAUAGCCCCAAAGAAUAAACUUUGUACACUUCUAAACAAUUGACCAUUUGCGUAAUAGACUAAAUUUUGAUCUCAACAAAAAUUUCAUUACAGCUUGAAAGAGCAUCACAAAAUUAGUAAUAUUCCAAAGUUUCGUUGCAAAAUGAUGUAAAAUGCAGAAAAUAUAGCCUUGCGAAAUUUGCAAUUUUCAGUCAUUUUAGAUUACAAACCGGAAAUUGACAGCCUCGAAGGGUUUGGGGCUGUCAAUUUGCCGUUUGUAAUCUAAAAUGACUGAAAAUUGCAAAUUUCGCAAGGCUAUAUUUUCCGCAUUUUACAACAUUUUGCAACGAAACUUUGGAAUAUUACUAAUUUUGUGAUGCUCCUUCAAGCUGUGAUGAAAUUUUUGUCCAGACUUGUUUAAUUCAAAAUUUAGUCUAUUACGCAAAUGGUCAAUUGUCCCUUGUCAACAUGGUUUUCCAAAAAUCUGUUACCGCAUUUAUCCCUAUUUUACCCAGUUUUUCCUUCAAUGCAAAAUUAUCCUCAACUAUCCUGAUUCACCUAUAUUACCUCCAAAUUUAUCCUGUCCUUUCAUAUCCAGCACUAUCACUUUCCAACCUCCAAGUGUCCAAUUUUAUCCCUUUGUAUCCUUCAUGUAUCCAGUAUUAGCCCUUCUUAUCCCGCAUGCGUCCGCAAUUAUACCUUCCUAUCCUGCAAUUGUCCCACACGGUCCUCUCAUAUCCAGCACUUUCCAACCUCCAAGUGUCCAAUUUUAUCCUUCAUGUAUCCAGCAUUAGCCCUUCUUAUCCCGCAUGCGUCCGCAAUUAUACCUUCCUAUCCUGCAAUUGUCCCACAUUAUCCCUUCUUAUCCUGUGGUGUCCAAAACUAUUUCUCCUUAUCCUUCUAAUAUCCGAAAUUAUCCCCUAUUAUCCUCCAAAUGUUCAAAAUCAUCCCUUAUCGAAAAUAAUCACUCCUUAUCCACCAAAAGUCGAAAAUUAUCCCUCCUUUUCCACUCUAUCCUCCAAAUAUUUCCUCCACAAUAAAGAGAAAUCUGUACAACACAAGUUAGAAGUAAUAUUAAUAUCAAAAGUCAGGACAAAAUUUUGUAUUUUUAAUAAAACAUCAAAAUACUUGUGAAGUCAUGGGAAUUAAAAUUUUGCGAGUUAAAUGCAUAUAAUAUUCAUUUUUUUGGCAGAAAUGUGAAGUUUUCAUACCAAGCUAAAAAGUAAUCCUAUCCUUCCAUAAUCCUAUCCAUCCUAUGCAUGACCGCUCCACUCCACGUCCAUACACAAGGAGCAUAUAAUCAUCUACAAAUAUAUAAAAUAUUAAAUGUUUAUUGUAUGGGUUGUACAUUUCUAUUUUACUCAACAAUUUCACUGCAGGAGUCUUAUUUAAUACAUUAUCUCUUUAUUAUUUAAGCCUAACACUACUUGUAUUGAAGAGAAUUUGUUGCACUGCAGCACAACAAAAAGGUGGGCAUUUGGAAUCAAAAUUUUACCAUCUUUCGUGUAAAAAAGGUCCUGAAUUAUCUUGAAGUUAUAUUUUUAAUAUCACAAAAUGUGCAGAAGAUCUUUGUUUCCUUGUUGAAAAAAUGUAGAACGUCUUAUGAUCUGGAACGAGAGCGGCUUCUCGAGUAAGAUCGUUUUGGUGAUCUCGAGUAUCUUCUUGGUGAAAAUGAUCGACUUCUCGAUCGUCUUGGACUUCUUGAUCUACUGUAUCUGCCUGGUCUGGCGGACUCAUCUUCUUCCACAGUCACAUACGAGGUUUCAUUCUGAAACGAACGAUGGAAAAAUCAGCUAGAUGUAAAUAAAUUUGAAACAUGACAAAUCAAAUUAUUAUGUACUAUUACUACG